CUAAUAUGGUCUUAACAAAAUCCCCAUUUAAUCGGGGGAUUAGGUCAUCGUCUCCUUCGUACCAUUUCUCGGAGUGAUCGCUGGAGAUUACAGUUUCCGCCGGAGAAAAUGAGGAUCGAAGAGAACGACGGUUUCUCCGCCUCAAGCAAGCACCUCGUAUUCGCUUACUACGUCACCGGUCAUGGCUUCGGCCAUGCCACUCGCGUCGUCGAGGUCGUCCGUCACCUGAUCGCGGUGGGGCAUGAUGUUCAUGUCGUAACCGGCGCGCCUGAUUUCGUCUUCACUUCAGAAAUUCAGUCACCAAGACUCUUUAUUCGCAAGGUUCUUUUGGACUGUGGGGCUGUUCAGGCGGAUGCAUUGACGGUUGAUCGUCUUGCCUCUUUAGAGAAGUAUGUGGAGACAGCUGUGGUUCCUCGAGCUUCGAUAUUGGAAACAGAAGUGGACUGGCUACAGUCCAUCAAAGCCGACUUAGUGGUGUCUGAUGUUGUUCCUGUAGCAUGCCGUGCAGCUGCGGAUGCUGGGAUACGUUCUGUUUGUGUCACCAAUUUCAGCUGGGACUUUAUCUAUGCCGAGUAUGUGAUGGCGGCUGGAUAUCAUCAUCGUUCCAUAGUUUGGCAGAUAGCUGAGGAUUAUUCUCACUGCGAGUUCCUAAUUCGCCUCCCAGGGUACUGCCCAAUGCCUGCUUUUCGCGAUGUAAUUGAUGUACCAUUAGUAGUAAGGAGACUACAUAAAUCUCGCAAGGAGGUGAGGAAGGAACUUGGAAUUUCUGAAAAUGUGAAGGUUGUGAUACUCAAUUUUGGUGGACAGCCUUCAGGCUGGAAGUUGAAGGAAGAAUAUCUACCUCCUGACUGGCUGUGUCUGGUUUGUGGUGCUUCUGAGACCCAAGAGCUUCCACCAAAUUUUAUGAAGCUUGCUAAGGAUGCGUAUACACCUGAUCUUAUAGCUGCAUCCGACUGUAUGCUGGGGAAAAUUGGUUAUGGCACUGUCAGCGAAGCCUUGUCAUACAGAUUGCCAUUUGUCUUUGUGCGGAGAGAUUAUUUUAAUGAAGAACCUUUCCUGAGAAAUAUGCUUGAGUUUUAUCAAUGUGGUGUUGAGAUGAUCAGGAGAGACCUAUUAAUGGGCCACUGGAGACCAUAUCUUGAGCGUGCAAUUAGCUUGAAACCGUGCUACGAGGGUGGCACCAAUGGUGGUGAGGUGGCAGCUCACAUUUUACAGGAGACAGCCAUUGGGAGGCAUCGCACAUCAGAUAAGCUUAGUGGAGCAAGAAGACUACGUGAUGCCAUUGUACUGGGGUAUCAGCUACAGAGAGUCCCUGGGAGGGACAUCGCUAUUCCUGAGUGGUAUGCAAGGGCUGAAAAUGAACUAGGCCAGUCUGCUGGAUCACCAACUGCUCAAGCAAGCGAGAACAGCUCAAUAAUGGAACCGUGCAUCGAGGAUUUUGAUAUCCUGCAUGGUGACCUUCAAGGCCUUCCUGAUACACGGAGUUUUCUGAAGAGUUUAUCGAAGCUAGAUGCUAUUCAGGACUCCACAAAGAGUACGGAAAAGCGCACUAUGCGUGAGCGAAAGGCUGCAGCUGGACUCUUCAACUGGGAGGAAGAAAUCUUUGUUGCCAGGGCACCAGGAAGGUUAGAUGUGAUGGGUGGGAUUGCUGACUAUUCAGGAAGCCUUGUCUUGCAGAUGCCAAUAAGAGAAGCUUGCCAUGUAGCUGUUCAGAGAAACCAUCCUAGCAAACAUAGACUGUGGAAACACGCGCUGGCACGACAACAGUCAAAAGGACAGGGCUCAACACCUGUUUUGCAAAUAGUAUCAUAUGGAUCAGAGCUAAGCAAUCGUGCACCCACUUUUGACAUGGACUUGUCUGAUUUCAUGGAUGGGGAUAAACAACUUUCAUACGAAAAUGCGCGGAAAUACUUUGCACAGGAUCCAGCCCAGAAGUGGGCAGCUUAUAUUGCUGGUACCAUUUUGGUGUUGAUGACAGAACUGGGUGUGCGUUUUGAGGAUAGCAUCAGCAUGCUGGUUUCUUCUGCAGUACCAGACGGCAAAGGUGUAUCCUCCUCUGCUGCUGUGGAGGUCGCAAGCAUGUCUGCCAUAGCUGCUGCCCAUGGACUGACUAUCAGCCCCAGAGAGCUUGCUCUGCUCUGCCAAAAGGUGGAGAAUCACAUCGUUGGGGCUCCAUGUGGUGUUAUGGAUCAGAUGACUUCUGCAUGUGGAGAGGCCAACAAAUUGUUGGCCAUGAUCUGCCAGCCUGCGGAAGUAAUUGGGCUUGUAGAAAUUCCCAACCAUAUCAGAUUUUGGGGUAUUGAUUCUGGUAUUCGGCACAGUGUUGGAGGGGCGGAUUAUGGCCCGGUUAGAGUUGGUGCCUUUAUGGGCCGGAAGAUGAUAAAAUCCAUAGCAUCCACUAGGUAUUCUCAAUCAGCCUCAAGUGCUAAUGGAGUCAACCCAGAUGAAUUAGAGGAUGAAGGCCUUGAGCUACUCGGGGAUGAGGCUUCAUUAGAUUACUUGUGCAAUUUGUCGCCCCACAGAUAUGAAGCCAGUUACGCGGAUAUGCUUCCUGAUUCCAUGCUGGGCAAGUCAUUCAUCGAGAAAUACUCUGAUCACGACGAUCCUGUCACUCUGAUAGAUCAAAAAUGUUCCUACAGCAUCAGGGCACCUGCCAGACAUCCUAUAUAUGAAAAUUUCCGGGUUAAGACCUUCAAAGCGCUUCUGACAUCUGCAACCUCAGAAGAGCAACUAACAGCUCUUGGGGAACUUCUUUAUCAGUGCCAUUAUAGCUACAGCGCAUGUGGACUUGGGUCAGAUGGCACCAAUCGGCUUGUCCAAUUGGUACAAGGAAUGCAGCAUAGCAAGUCCAAGUCUGAAGAUGGAACCCUCUACGGAGCCAAAAUCACUGGCGGUGGUUCUGGUGGAACUGUCUGUGUCAUCGGCCGGAACUCAUUGCGCAGCAGCCAACAAAUCUUCGAGAUUCAGCGGAGAUACAAAGCGGCGACUGGAUAUUUGGCUCUCAUUUUCGAGGGGUCCUCUCCUGGUGCCGGCAAGUUUGGUCACUUGCGUAUCCGACGUCGUUUCUCUUCCUCUCAUUGCUGACUCUCUCCUCUUUAUCAUCAGUUAAAAAUGGGGACAAUUGGGGGAAAGGUUCGAGGCAGCAUCGUCAUCGUUCACACUUCUCUAAGACCCGUUUAUGGUUCUCAUCACUUCACGUGGCAUUUAAAUGCCUCGACGUACCAUCCUCUUCUCCAUUUUUUUUACUUUUCCUUUUCCGUGAAUUUUCUCCACGUCUUUACCAUUUGUUUUUUAUUAAAAUAAACACUGCUUAUGAAUAAGAAUGUAAUCUGCAUUUCAAAAUUCGUGUCAUAAUCUCUAUAAAUAACUCACUAUAAUUAUCAUAAUCUCUGUUGUAAAAUAUUAAACACUGAGAUUAUCGAUCUAUCCGACGUCGGUAAUCAGCAGUGUGAGCCGACCGACACCCACGUGUUCCCUUCCUCUUUGUAUUCGUUACCUAAUCAGAUCCCAUGAUCCAAAUUCGACCGUCUCUGUCCCUCCACGUGCCAAACCAUUGUUCAACCCAUUCUCUAUAUUAUUGUUUGUACAAUAAUAAUACAAAUCUUGGUAGAAACUUCAACCGAUAAUGUAAUAAAAUUAGAAAAUAUUACAUAUAUUUCUCUCAAGUACAUAGUAUUGCAAGGUUAUAUGCCACACGCACGCCAUACCAAAUAAUUUAUACAUUAUUUCCAAGCAUUAGAUGUAAUUCCAAUAUGUAGAAAAAUUAUAUAUAAAAAUGGUGCCCAUUUAUAGAUAUGCUGAAUCCUCAUUAGUUGUUAAUCAGCAUGUUGUGUCCUGUUUCCAGCGUUUUACCUUAUUCUAUUUCCUCUUUUAAUAUAAGCCGCUCUUUGUAAAUUGUUACCAUAUACUCUUCACUAUCACUUAUUUCCCUCAUUUUCUCUCUCCAACGCUUGUGUGCUCUUUUCUUCAUCUUCACCUUUAUCUCCAUCUCCAUCUUCCAUCUUUCAUCUUCCAUCUUCCAUCUUCUCUAACAGCAUUGCCUCCAAAAGCAGGAUUUGUCUGAAAAUGAAAACAUUAAGAAACUACAAUCCUCUUCUUCUUAUUCUUCUACUGCUUGCUUGUCUCGUUGUCUCUUCACUUUCAGAAUCUCAGCCCACCGCAUGUACUAUGUGCACUUCCUGCGACAAUCCCUGUCAACCUGUCCCUUCUCCUCCUCCGCCUCGCCCCACCACCUCCCCUUCCCCUCCUCCUCCUUCCUCCACCUCCGGCGGCGGUCCUUACUACUACUACUAUCCUCCUCCGCCGACGUCGCAGUCCGGCUACUACCGCCCACCUCCUUCUUCCGGCGGCGGUUACUACUACGCGCCGCCGAAGAGCGGAGGGAACUACCAAUUUCCUCCGCCGCCUAACCCUAUCGUUCCGUACUUCCCAUUCUACUACUACAGUCCUCCGCCAGCGUCUCUGUCGGGAUCCGACAAGAACAUGGGAUUCUCCUUCGUUUUAUUUUCCUCUCUCUUGUUUUUCUGUUUGUUUUGAUAGAAAAUGAAUCCGACUGAGAAAGUGAUAGAAAGUGACGGUAGCUUUCUCUCUAGAUUAAUCAUGAAGAUGAAGUUUAGAUCUAUGCAGAUCGGCGAGAGGUUUUACCGAUGAAGAAGAAGAAGAAGAAGAAGACAUGCAUGGAGAUCUGACGAGGAAAUAAAAUGGAGAAUAUCUUCGUUUGAAGUAUAAAAUUAUAUGUACUUUUCUUUCGACAUUUUUGUAUCUUAUUAUAUUUUUACAAUAUUGUGAUUUUGAUUACAACCACGUAGAAAUGAUGCGUUCGUCGUCU